AUGUUCUCAUCCACAUAUGACUCCAACCUUUUCCCUACCUUUCCAUCUUCUUCUUACCCUACCCUUCCUUUUCUCAUUGAUCCUGAAAAUGAUUUUGCAAGUAGCACCCUUCUUGAUGACCCACUUGUUGUUCCCUACAUACCCACUACACAUGAUCCUCCAUUUCCUGAAGAAACUGUUGCUAAUUUGGCAGUUGCUGACUGCACUGCCAUGCUUGAACAUGAUGCAAACACAAACUAUGCUUCCCACUAUGGUAGCAUUUCCAAUUUUCUAACCCAGAAACCAGCCAUAGCCAAGAAAGAUAGGCACAGUAAGAUUCACACGUCUCAGGGGUUAAGGGACCGUAGGGUGAGACUCUCUAGUGAAAUAGCCCGCAAGUUCUUUGAUCUUCAGGACAUGUUAGAGUUUGACAAACCAAGUAACACCCUUGAGUGGCUCUUCACAAAGUCAGAGAAUGCAAUCAAAGAGCUAGCUAGAAGUAAGCAUAGCUACAGUAGUAGUGGGGGUGACAAGUAUUCCUGUGACCCUUCUGUGGAUUCAAAUAACAACAGAUCAUUGGUGAGUGGUGCUGAUCAUGGUUCUAAAGGGAGGAAGUUGAAAUGGACACAGAGGGAUGAAGCUGGUGUUCAGACCAAAAAGGAGUCAAGAGAAAGGGCAAGAGCAAGAGCAAGAGAAAGGACUUGUUACAAGAUGUGUAGCAGUGGAAGGGUGCAGCAAGAGUUUGAUGAAAGGUGCCCUGUAACUUCAACAAAUGCUCAAAUGCUGCACCAAUUCAGGUCAUCUAUUCAACCUGAACCCGAGGCUUGUGCAAGAUGGGUUCAACCUUAUAACCCUUAUCUCAUAGACAGUGAAGCAGCAAUAGAUGGCUUCAACGUCAUUGAAGAAUCUAUUAUGAUUAAAAGAAACAUGAGGUCAUCAUCAUUGAUGGCUUCUAAUCACCAAAACGUUGUGAUCCCUAGGGAUGCAAGUUUCAACAGUAACGACUUCCAUCUAUUACCCUAUUCCACUUCCAACUGGGAUACUAAUGGGGCCGUUAAUGGACGCUCAAACUUUAGUGGAAUAGCCACAAUGAAUCUAUCCACAUGUUUCAUGAACCAGUGGUAA